AUGGAAAAGAUACCACCAUCAAAAGCUUCACGAAGACAAGGAAGUAAAGUUAUGAUUUCCUAUUGUCCAUGUCAAUAUGAUUUGGCUCAAAAGAUAGCUGAAGGAUUGAUUGCUAAAGGUAUUCCAGCUGUUUGCCCACCACUACGAAUGCAUGAGAUGAUUAAAAUAGCAGCUGAAGAAGCAAGAGUUGUUAUACCAUUAACGAGUGAGGCAUAUGAAGCAUCUAAUAUUUCAAAGUAUGUUCUUUCUUAUGUGGAUGAAGUUAGUAUUCCUAUAGUUCCCGUAAAGGCGCAAGAUCGUUAUUCUCAAAGUGGUUGGCUUGGUGUAAUUUGCGCUGGUGCAUUAUGGACGAGGAUAACGAAUGCAAAUGACAUUGAGAAAAGACUUGAUAAUCUUAUAGGACAAUUGCAUCCAUAUAUCAGCGAUGCUUUUGAUGACGAGCAACGUCUAGCUACUCUUGCUCAAGGUUAUCAUAUGCAGUGGGGAAAGAAGUUUGAUAUGUUUGCUAUGACAAAUGGAUAUAUUGCUGGUCAAGGAGAUGAUGAAGUCGGUGGUUUUGUAAUCAAUGGGAAAUAUACUUGUUUAUCAGAUAAAGAAGAUUUUGAAUUCCAGUUUAAAAAGCAUUAUAUCGGACAACACGAUGUUCAAUACUCUGGAACUAUAACUCAUAAUUAA